CCGUGGGGCGCGCAGCCUUCCUGAUGUGUCACCAGCACGUGGAGCCAGCUCGGGCUGCGCCGCGAGCGGGAGGAACUCCCCUAACUUUCGAGGGGUCUCGCCGCCUCACUCCUCUCCACGCGGCGCCCGGCCCGCGCUCCUCGGGGAGGUGGCGGCAGCGGCCCCCAGGUCCCGGGCGGGUUGAGCGAGGCCCCGGCCCCCGGCCCGGUGCACGCGGGGCGCCCGGGACGUCGGGGCGCCUGCUCCCCACGACCCCCGGCCGGGGCGCGGGCUCGGCGGCGCGGGAGGGCGAGGCCUGCGGUGCGAGCGGCCCGGCCGGCCCUGCGCCCGGCGGAUCUGAGCGCAGACGGAGGACCGAGGCUAAGGAGAUCAGGAGACUUCCUGAAGGACACACGUCUAGGAUGCAGCAGAGCUGGGGUGUAGAUCUGCAGCUUCUGACUCCCAAGGAGGACACUUCAUCAGAGAACUUGGGGAGGUGUCUGGCGUGGAGAACAUGCUCGUUUCUUGCUGGUUGCAGUAGGAAAGCCUGUGACAUCGCAGAAAAGCAGACUUGGGUCUUGAAUGAGUUUGGGGCCUGUCCCUGAUGGCCUGGCCUCUGCAGAGAUGUCUGGAGGUAGGAAUGGGUGAUAACACCGCCCCCUGGGUACGGAGAGAUGUGAUGACCAUCUGUCGGCUUUCCUGACCCAAGGUCCACAGCCCUUUCCUCUUUUUUUCCUUCAGGGGAUGACUUCUCCCCACCUCCUGGGAUUCACAUGGGGCCACUCCCCAUCCUCUGGCUUUAGAGGCAGGCAUGUGUCCCAAGCUGGACACUGAGACUCCCUCUUGGGACUUUUGCAGCAACUAUGGGAAAAGAGGCAUUCACUUUUCAUGGGAGUUGCCAGGUUGAUGGAACUCCUGCUCUCCACUUGAGGACGAAGCCAAGUGGUAGAGAAAGUAUGCUGUCCCCAGACCUCAGUAAGCCCCUGGAUCCAGCCAUGCCUGAAGCUAACCACACCUCUGGACUAACCUGAUUAUAUGAGCCAAUGAAUGCAUUUCUUUUUUUCUAAAACUAUCCUGAGUCGGAUUUCUGUCAUAGAAAGCGUCCUAAUAAAGUUAUGUUUUUCUUUGGUCUCACUUAAGAAAUCAACUUUGAGGUACCCACCCACUUUAAGUGUCUAAUUCAUAAGUUUUUUCAAAUGUGUACACCCUUGUAACUACCACCACAGUCGAGCUGUAGAACAUUUCAAGUACCCUCAUUCCCCUUUAUGGUCAGUUCUUCUGACCACAAGCAACCACUGACCUGCCUUUGUUCUAGAGAUUCAUUCAGUCUUCUCUCUGGUCAGGUCCCUGGAGGUCAAGGAGAGCGUUUCCCUGAUGCUCAUGUUGUGGGUCAAUGUGGGUCAUUUCCCUUGGGACUCAGAGUCACCCCUGGGUCCAAAUGUGCUGAAGCCAGAGGCACCUCUGGGUCCCACAGUUCUGUGGUCCAGUACAUCCUUUGCUUCAUUUGAGCCAGCUUGCCACGGAAGGAGUCCUGGCUAAUACACCUCAGCCAGGACCGCACCCUUCAGUGAAGCUCCCCUCAAGGACCACCCCCUAGGCAAAAUCAACCAUCAGUCCAGCUCACCUCCUGGGGGCCAGACACUAGUAAGUGCUUUACAUGCAUAAUCUCAAGUCCUCUCAGCAACCCUAGGGGAGGUACUGUUAUCCCCAUUUUACUGGGAUGUGGGUCUUGUGUGGCCUCUACAGCUUCUCUGUCCACCAGACUCCUGGCUGCUUGCUCUGCCUCAGCCAUGGCUGUCUCACAAGUGAAGUUGACCCCUCCCAGCCCACAUCCCAGGGUAAGGGGGCUGGCUCCCCAGUGGCCGCCAAAGGGGCUGGAGAAUGCAAGCCAUAUGCCCGGGGAGGGAGGGAUGAACCUUGAGCGGUAGUGUAAGCAGCUUUUGGCAGGAAAGAGCUCUCUGCAGGAGGCCCUUUUGUCUUGCCAGUAACCUAGCACACCUUUCAGAUCUUUUGAUCACACAAAACCUUGCCUAACUUUCUGGUUCUUUCUGUAGAUCAAAGAAGUAGAAAUGAAGGAUAAGUAAUUAACAGAUGACCAGAUCUCUUCCCCAGCUUCCCCUGCAGUAAUCCCACGAGCAAACUGUGCGAACAAGAUAGCGUCUAAAGAAGAAUCACAAGAAGUCGACAAGCCUGCACACGGUGCGGGAUGGCGACGACUCUGACCCCCUAUCUCAAUGAUUAACUGAGAUUACUUCCCUGCUUCCCCUUAAAAACUUUCAUGGCCGAGCAGAAUCUUUGGAGGUGGUUUUGGGGGGACACUGAG